ACGAGACCUGGCCCUCAUCCAUUUGCAAUCAAACUGCACUUCUCUUCUCUGUAUUUUAUAUUUUGUUCACAUAACCAAAUAAAACACACACACACACACACAACGAUCUAUCAUCUAUCCAAUCGAACCCUAGCCUUCAACAUCUGAAUUGAUCGAUAGCUCGCAAAUCGAGGCGAAUUGAGAAUGGGAGAGUCGAAGAUGGAGGAGAUGUCUCUACCAAGCUUGUUCGAGCAGGCUCGCAGGAUUCAUCUCUUAGCUUCUGAAUCUUCUGCUGAUAAGGAAACGGUGAAAAAGGGGUGCCAAGCAUUGAUACAAUGUGAGGAGAUGGUUAGCAAAUUAGGGCUUUUUUCGUCGAAUGAAUCGAAAGAAGAUAUUAGCACCACCAAUCUCAAGUAUCUUCUGGUGCCAUAUUAUCUGGCUGAGUUAACAGAGAAAACAGAAGGCGACAGAUUACAAGUUCUUCAAGCCUCGAUCGCUAAGUUGAAGGAGUUCAUUUCAUUUUGCGAGGCUAUGGAGCUUGUGCCAGAAGAGGAGUUAGAAGAAUCUGCAAGAGGCUCUAAUUCUCAUGUGGAUCGGAGGGCUAAGAAGAUAGCUCGGUUUAAGCGACAAAGAGCGGCAGAGUCAAAACUACUGGAAAUAAAGGAAAGUAAAGAGCGCCGCAUGCGUUCUACUAGAGCAUCUGCUUUAUCUGCUCCUGUUGAGGCAGAAGAGGAAGAUGUACAAGAUUAUGAUGGAGAGGAAGAAAGAGAGGCAUGGCUUAUUACCAUCUCUCUGGACAUCUGCAAGGCUUUGGAUCUCAUGGAAAUGCUGAAGAAAGAGGAAGAAAUGCUAGCUGCUAUAAAGGAAAAGCAAUUACAGGACGGUAAUGAAGGGAUUUCACAGGCUAUUCUUGAUGAGCGUGCUAAGACGGCUGAAGCCUGGCAUCGUGGUGCUGCAGCUCGAGCUCAAUACACAAAACCAGCGGCACCAAUUACAUGUGCCACAUUUGCUCAAGAUGUUUUAGAGGGGAGAGCACAGGUUUCGCAGGCACAUGAGCACAAACACCAGCAGCCCUUGAUAUUUGGACCGGCAAGUCUUGUGGGUGGAAGAGUAACAAGUGAAAGGGAAAGGAUGGCCGCACAGGUUUUUCAACCUGGACACAGAUUGCCGACAAUGAGCAUUGAGGAGGCGGGGUUAACAGAGAUGAAUAUGAUGAAUGAUUGGCAAGAGAGAACUGCCAAGAUGAUAGCAGAAGCCAAUUCUUCAUGGCAUAAUGAUGGUCCAAAGCCAAGGCCGGGAGAAGAGGAGGAUGAAGAUGACGAUGCAGCCCAAGAUAAAGCCAGGGCAUGGGAUGACUGGAAAGAUGAGAAUCCUCGGGGUGCGGGCAAUUCGAAGCUAACCCCUUGCGGUUAGGUGCCACUGUCAAUUAUAUAGAAUAAAUGUUUAGCUGUGAUAUAAACACAUCCACAUAUUUAUUCUGCCACAUUAGCAUAUUGUUAUAUAACCUAUAUGAUUUUUGUGUAUUGUUGUGGUCCAUAACUAUGUUUUUCAAAUUGGGAUGUUCUUUUUUUCUAA